AUGUCACAAAUCAGUGUUGCGGAGUACUACGCAGGAAAAUCGAUACUCGUAACUGGUGCUACUGGAUUUAUGGGCAAGGUUCUGGUGGAGAAGCUUUUGAGAUGCUGUCCAGAACUGAAAACUAUGUAUGUGAUGGUUAGGGAGAAGAAAGGAAAAAAUGCUGAAAGCAGGCUGAACGCUCUUAUGGAGAAUCAGGUAUUCGAAAAGCUACUAGAACAGUACCCUAAGGCUUUCAACAAAGUUAAGCUGAUUUGUGGAGAUACCUUGGCGGAGGGUCUCGGAAUGUCUAUAUCUGAUGUCGAAGAAUUGGAACGAGAGUGCCAGAUAGUCUUCAAUAAUGCCGCUUGUGUCAAGUUUGAUUUACCGCUGCGAGAAGCUGUGAAGGUUAACACCGUCGGGUUACUGAGGAUGUUGAAGUUGGCUGAGGGGAUGAAAAAACUUGAGGCUUUUGUACACAUAUCAACCGCCUUCUGCCACGAUGAGCUUGAAGUUUUAGAAGAGAAGAUGUACCCUUCAAAACAUAACCCCCUGGAUGUCAUCGAUUCUCUAAAAUGGAUGGACGAUGAAAUGCUGAACGCUUCUCAGGCUACGUGA